ACCCCACUUCCUUUCAUCAGCACCAUCCAUUUGGAUUCAUCUUCAACACACUUAUCAUUUCCACUCUCACCCUUCUUCUCAAUCUAACUCAACCAUUUCCCUUCAAUCACAAAGACAACCUUUGCACACAACUUGUUAAGAAUCAAGAGACAAAAAUGUCCCUUUGUUAUUCUUCCAAUUUCAUCACACUCCCAUUACCCAAACACCAAACCCUUUCAUUCAACCUCUCUUCACACUCUUCUCACUUCAUCAACCUAUUCCAGGUAAGUUCAACUCCUCUAUCAUCAUUCUCUAGAAAAUCUCAUGAACCCAUUAAGUAUACCAAAGAAAAAUCGAAACUUUAUGCUUCUCUUUCACCAUCUCCACCAGUUGAAACCACCCCAUCAACAUUUAGAACCAAGAGUCCAAAAGAUGUUAAUGUAUUGGUUGUAGGUUCAACUGGGUAUAUAGGAAAAUUUGUGGUGAAAGAAUUGGUUAAAAGAGGCUUUAAUGUUACUUCAAUUGCUAGAGAAAAGAGUGGAACUAAAGGAAGCGUUGAUAAAGAAACAACAUUGAGUGAAUUAAGAGGUGCUAAUGUAUGUUUCUCUGAUGUUACCAAUUUGGAUAGUUUUAAUGAGUCUUUGAACAACCUAGGUGUUUCUUUUGAUGUUGUUGUGUCGUGUCUUGCAAGUAGAAAUGGCGGGGUUAAGGAUUCGUGGAAGAUUGAUUAUGAAGCAACUAAGAAUAGUCUUGUAGCUGGUAGGAAACUUGGUGCUUCUCAUUUUGUUUUGCUUUCUGCAAUAUGUGUGCAGAAGCCUCUUCUCGAGUUUCAGCGUGCGAAGCUGAAACUCGAGGAUGAGUUGGUGAAAGAAGCAGAAAAGGACGAUAGGUUUAGUUAUAGUAUAGUGAGGCCGACAGCGUUUUUCAAGAGUUUAGGUGGUCAGGUUGAUUUGGUGAAAGAUGGGAAGCCUUAUGUGAUGUUUGGUGAUGGAAAGUUGUGUGCUUGUAAACCGAUAAGUGAGCAAGAUUUAGCUUCUUUUAUUGUUGAUUGUGUAAUGAGUGAAGAUAAAGUUAACAAGAUUUUACCUAUUGGAGGACCGGGGAAGGCAUUGACUCCAUUGGAACAAGGGGAGAUUUUGUUUAAGCUUUUAGGGAAGGAGCCUAAGUUCUUGAAAGUUCCGAUAGGGAUAAUGGAUUUCGCGAUUGGUGUUCUUGAUUUUUUGGUUAAGGUGUUUCCUUCGUUGGAAGAUGCUGCUGAGUUUGGGAAAAUUGGAAGGUACUAUGCAGCUGAAAGUAUGUUGAUUCUGGACCCUGAGACCGGCGAGUACAGCGACGAGAAGACGCCGAGCUAUGGGAAUGAUACAUUGGAAGAGUUUUUUGGUAGGGUGCUCAGGGAAGGGAUGGCAGGUCAAGAGCUAGGUGAGCAAAAUAUAUUUUAAGAUGGUUUUAUGUAGCAAAUUUUGUUUUUGUAUAAAUGUAUGUAUUCAACUAUAGUCACUUUAACAUUUACAUGUUCAAGCAUUGUUGAGAAAAACAAAAUCAAGUAUCUGGAUUUGCAUUGUUGAUGAUUCAUUCUUCAAUUGCAUGGAUUUGCUCCACUGCAUUGCAUGAUGUAUACUACUAUUGCAUAAUGUAUACUGUAUAUUUAAUGA